CAAAAGAAAAGAGUAAGGGGGCUGGUACUUUCCCACAGCCCUGCAGGAGGAGUUAGUCAGAAGGAAACAGAUGUAAACUCGGCGAGUUCUGUGUCUUUACGCAGACCUGAAACAGUUUGGAGCUCUUCAAAGCCCUCCACUGUCCCCUAGCUCCUCCCUCUCUGUACCGUGUGACAACAACAACUCAUUCACAGAGCGGAGCUGCACUUUUCAGCUCAUUUUCCUCCUGUCAUUCCUCCUCCUAUCUUUGAUCAUUGUCCCGCCGCUCGCCCCCCCUCCAACCCCCCCAGAAAGCUCUCACUCAGCACGCCUUUUUUCGGGUUAGCUCCUGAGGAGCUAAACUCUGAGGGAUUCUUCAUUCAGCAAGCUGGGUUUUCCACUUUGAACUUCGGCUCCUCUCUUCCCCUCCUCUAGGUGACCAUGGCCGUACCGGCUGCUCUCAUCCCACCGACUCCUCUGGUCCCGCCGCCUCCGAUCUCUACUCCCUCCGCCACCACGUCCCCGCCGUCGACAACUUCAUCACCGUCUCCAUCCUUGGUCCCCCCGUCGGGACCCGGACAGAACCUGUUCCGAUCGGAGCUCCUCGCCACCGGCAGUCCGGGCAUCCCGAACCCGAGCGCGGCUCUGCCGCCGGGCAAACCCGUCUACUCGACCCCGUCUCCUGUUGAGAACAUCCCGCAGAACAACGAGUGCAAGAUGGUCGAGUUGCGCGGCGCGAAGGUAGCCUCGUUCACGGUGGACGGCUGCGAGCUCAUCUGCCUCCCGCAGGCGUUCGACCUGUUCUUGAAGCACCUGGUCGGCGGACUGCACACGGUCUACACCAAGCUCAAGCGGCUGGAGAUCACGCCGGUGGUGUGCAACGUGGAGCAGGUCCGCAUCCUCAGAGGGCUCGGCGCCAUCCAGCCCGGUGUGAACCGCUGCAAACUCAUCUCCAGAAAGGACUUCGAGACUCUCUACAACGACUGCACCAACGCAAGCUCCAGACCCGGCCGGCCACCGAAGAGAACCCAGAGCGUGACAUCGCCCGAGAACCCCCACAUCAUGCCCCACUCGGUCCCUGGACUCAUGUCCCCUGGCAUGAUCCCUCCCACAGGCUUGACAGCAGCCGCGGCGGCAGCUGCCAACGCAGCCAUCGCCGAGGCCAUGAAGGUCAAGAAGAUCAAGCUGGAGGCGAUGAGCGGCUACCACGGCAACGCCAACCACCACGGAGGCGACGGAGAGAACGGAGACCUCAGCUCCAGCGUCGGCCUGGAACUCCCCUUCAUGAUGAUGCCACACCCCCUGAUCCCCGUCAGCCUGCCCCCAGCCUCUGUCACCAUGGCGAUGAGCCAGAUGAACCACCUCAGCACCAUUGCAAACAUGGCUGCCGCAGCACAGGGCCAGAGUCUGCCCUCCAGAAUGGUCACCUCUGUUAUAAAGGGGUUGCAGGAACGUGUGCCGGACAGUCCCUCCCCGGCCCCCUCCUUAGAAGAUAACCGGAGGCCGGGCAGUCACCCAUCAUCCCACCGCAGCAGCAGUGUGUCCAGCUCUCCGGCCCACACAGAAAGCUCCUCAGACAGAAUACCCGUACAUCACAAUGGCCUGUCGAUGAACCAGGCCCUGCUAGGUCUGUCCCCCAACAUCAUCCCAGGGCCUAAAGAAGGAGACCUGGCCCACGACAUGAGCCACGAAGCAAAGAGGAUGCUCACUGACAAAGAUGACAACCCGAUGUGCACCCCAACAGCAAGAGACAGCUAUGAGAGGUUGUCGUUGGCUGGACAGGCUCUGCCUCCUGGUUUCCCGUCGCCAUUCCUCUUCCCAGAUGGCUUGUCAUCAAUAGAGACUCUCCUCACCAACAUACAGGGCCUUCUGAAAGUGGCAAUCGACAAUGCGCGAGCUCAGGAGAAGCAGGUACAGCUGGAGAAGACGGAGCUGAAGAUGGAGCUGUUCAGAGAGCGGGAGCUCAGGGAGACUCUGGAGAAGCAGCUCGCCAUGGAGCAGAAAAACAGAGCAAUCAUCCAGAAGCGCCUAAAGAAGGAGAAAAAGGCCAAGAGGAAACUCCAAGAAGCUCUGGAGUACGAGUCCAAACGGCGAGAGCAGGCCGAGCAGACCCUGAAGCAGCCGUCGCCCUCUGACAGCAUGCGUUCGCUCAACGGUCAGACGAUCCACUACUCUCUGACCCCUGAGAUGGAGAGUGACCGCAGCAGUGGAAGAACAGAUGCUGAAAGGACAAUACAAGAUGGAAGGCUGUUCCUGAAAACUGCAGUGAUGUACUGAUAAGGCCGCGAGGAGCUGGAGGAAAAAGACGGAAAAUUCAUGAAAAAACAGGAAAGGAAAGAAAAGAAAGGCCGUGAAGGAGUUCUUAUCCAGGCCGACUGGGCUGCUUGUAGGUGGAGAUGCUGUGUUCACCAUAAAUGCUGGAGGAAUGUAGAAAAAGUCUUUUUUUUUUCAUCACGCUGGCCAACAUAAAACAGUUUAAUAAGACAGGUUUAGACAUGACAGGCUGGCCGACGUGAUGGAUAAACAUAUAUACCGAGCACAGUAAAAAAAAAAAAAAAGAAAGAAGAAGGAAAAAU